UGUUGCUGUUGUUGUUGCUUCGCUUCGCUGAUUCAGACUGCGCAGCGAGCAGCGGCAGCGGACCGACUGAAACUCGACUUUUGGCGUUUGUCGAGGUUGCUGAGCCCGGGCAAGUGAGCUGCGAAUCCAGUUUCUUCUUCACUCGGCCUCGGCGAACAUCGCGAAACGGCCACGGGAAAAAAGACAAGAAAAAAAAAAAGUUGCGCUCCACUCACAAAUUGCGUUUUCCUCUCCCCCACCACAAGUUGUGUACUGUUUGUUGUUAAUGUACUGCGCUAAGGGCAUGGAGCUUGCGCCUGCUGUGUGCGCCGACUGCUGCAGCGACUGUGUCAGCGCUGCCAACGCUUGCUGUUGCACGGCCACUGCUUGCUGUGACGUCAGCUGUCAGCUCCUGCGCCCGCCCGAUCCCAACACCUACGAAUACAGCGAGCCGGAGGAGAACUUUGUGUCCAUCGAUGAUGCCAAAAUUAAGAGUCUGCUGCUCAAAAUUGGACAGCAGCAGCAACAGGAGCGACAACGCCAGCAACAACAACAACAGCAACAACAGCAGCAGCAGCAGCAGAUUAUCGAGCUGUUGGACGAUGAUGAGGCGAAUGGGGAACAACAGUCGCCGGUUAUGGUGAUUAGUGCAGCGCGUAGCUUGAAACGCGUCUCGCCCGAUAUCCAACUCAUUGCCACGAAAGUGCAGCAGCCUCAGCGAAUUGUGGCCAGGAUUGAGCUGAGCGACAGCGAGUGUGAGGAGGCAGCAGCAGCAGAGAGCGGCGAUGAUAUCGCUGAUGAUGAAGAUUUGCCCGCUGAGACUGCAGUUAGCUUCGAGCUGGUCGAACCCAGCCAGGUUAUUGUGCUGCAGUCGGAUGACGAUGAGGAGCUGCACCAGCCACAGCAGCAGCCGAAUCAAUCGAAAUCAACCGCAAAGAGACGACCCACCCGACCAUAUAGGAAGCGAAACAGUCGUCAUUUCUACCAGUGCCAGGCAUGCGGCAAGAAGGUGCAGUCCAACUACAAUCUGCGUCGUCACAUGAUGAUACACACAGGUGAGCGACCCUUUCCAUGUGAUUUGUGCGAUCGUCGCUUUCGCGAGUUUAGCGAUCUUAAGAAGCAUCGUCGUCGUCACAUGAACGAUCCGCGUUAUAUAUGCAUGAUCUGUCGAUUGCAUGCGCCCAUGGAGCAGGACUCCACACGCUGUUCGGAAUGCGAGGGCAAGAAUCUGUUGUUCAAUCCGCCAGGCUGUGAAGUGCAAUCGGAGGAAGAGCCGGAUCAGGAAUCGGAACCCGAACUGAAACCGAAGGAAUUUCGAAGUGAGGAACGGGCAACUGCGCCGCCAGCUGCAACUUCGAUUGAAUCACAGCUACCCAUGUUGACGGUGACGCUUGUGCCCGCUGCUCCGCUGCCCGCUCCAGCGGCAGCAACUGCCACUGUUUCUGUAUCCACAUCCGCUUCCCAACCACGGCCGCCGCUGCCACGCAGCUGCAGUAGCGCCAACUCGUCCUCGUCGCUGAGCACCGAUGUGGCGCCCAGUCGUCUGGCCCGAUCACGUAGUCGUCGCACGUAUCCCUGCCCCCUGUGCCAGCGUGUCUUUGGCACGCGCCACAAUCUCAAACGCCACUACAUGAUCCACACCGGCGAGAAGCCGUUCAGUUGCAACAAGUGUCGCAAGCCCUUUCGCGAGUGCUCCACCUUGAAGAAGCAUAUGGUGACGCAUGUGCGCGAACGCUGGUACAAGUGCCUCCGAUGUCCGGCCAAAUAUCAGGACUAUCUGCACUACACGGAGCAUCGGGCGACACAUGGCCUGGACACGCAAUUGGAGGCGGACCCGGCAAGUCAUCAGAGACAUCGUUCAUCCGACAGCGAGGAUGGCGAUAGCUCUGUGGAGGAUUGGCUCGAGUGCUGCGAGUGCCAGGUGCGAUUCACCCAACUGGAUGCUUACACGGAGCAUUUGAAACAGCACGACUUGGAGCUGUACGGCGUAAGUGUCGAUGAUCUGAAUGAGGAGGAACAGGAUGUAGAUGUUGCCUAAUGGCCAACUAGCUUAGAUUCAUGCAAAGCAUUCCAAUUGUUAAACGUCUUGCAUUCCAAUGCGGGUCAUUAGAUGCUGGAGCAUCUAAUUGUCUGCUUAAAACAUAAAUCUCCAAUAACUGAUAUUGAGAAAUCUCAAAAUUUCAAUAUA